AAUUUCACGGUACAUUGUAAAUUAAAAAUAAAAAUGGCUGUUUCUAAAUUAAUAAAGCUAAGUACAGUGUUCAAAGAUAAUGCCCUGUUUGUUCAAAAUCUAAAAAAUCAUUUUUUUCAAUGUGGUUGUAUAACUGUUUCAAGAAAUUUUGGACGAUAUACUAGGACACCCAAAAAAUUUUUAGAAAUCACCAAAAAAGAUCGAAACAAAAUUCAAAGAGACGAUGUGUUUUUUAUUUUUGAUCAAGUUCUACCAAAGUAUACGCUACAAGAAGCCAUUGAUACCUUUAAAGCAUAUGAUUUAUUUGGCGGAGAAAAAAUUGAUGUUUUACUUAAGGUUGACUUAAAUACUGGGAAGAACAAAAUUGGUGUAUUAAAAGGAAUAAUUCGCCUACCUAAACCAGUGAGUCCAUCACAAAAAGUACUUGUUCUUGCUGAGGGAGAAGCAGCAGCAAAUGCAAGAUUGUUUGGUGAUGAUAUUAUUGUUGGUGGUACAGAGUUAAUAAAACAGAUCGAAGAAGGAACAUUAGAGUUUGACCACUGCUUAAGUACAUUAGAUUUCCUUCCCAAUAUCAAACAUUUGCCAAGAAUUCUUAAGAACAAAAUGCCUAACACUAGAAGAGGAACUGCUACAGAUGAUAUUGUUGCAGCACUUCAAGUAUUCCUCCAUGGAGAAUCAUAUAUAGCUGACAAUUCUGGUGUGUUAAGACAUACUGUUGCACUGACUACCUUUAAACCCGAAGAAAUUAAAGAUAAUAUAAAAGUAUUUUUAAAGACAAUUGAAUCACACAAGCUUACUUCUAAAGGUGAGUUCUUUCAAUAUCUCAGUCUAAUUAUCCCUACUGGACCGAAGUUAGACAUAGACAUAAAGGCUGUAACUUCUUAGAGAUUUAUGGUUGGCGUAUGACAAGAAUACAUUGCGCAAUAUUUUAACUAAAAUUAUGUAAUAUUUUGUAUUAACUAUCCUCAAUAAUAGAUUUUUAUUUCAUUUUAA